GCAAGACAGUCUCAAUUACUGACUUUGGUCAUGGGCCUCUCGCACUUCUUGGCUUGUUCUCACUGUCCACUACUGCUACACACUCUGACAUGCGGUUUACGGUCACUGCGAAAGCAAACUUUGCUCCAGCUAUCGCUGACCCCCUCAUCAAUACUGCAUCUGCUCUCAGGUGGUCCAUAAACGACGGUGGAUUCAUCGACACCAACUAUGCCAUGUCCAAGCGUAGGACUUGGAGAUCUUCUGGAGAAACUCAUUUCGUAUUUGCGAAUAAUACAGUUUUAGACCACGGUGUCGGCAUUGCGCCAGUUCCCCCUUCAUCUCCCAACGAGAAUUCCUUAGUCGUUCACUACCAGACCGAAUCUAGGCCGACGAGGGACGCCGAGCUAUAUCGGGAUUAUGACCUCGACAGCGACAUCGAGGAACAAGAAAUAAAACAAGGAGCGCCUAGCCAACCUCCGCCUUAUUGUAGUCAAAGCUAUUCCUCUGGGGCGGCACCCGCUGAGUCCGAUUUUUCUGAUACCACUUCUGAUACCAGUGCUUUAGGUUCGGAUGAUGACAACCUUGGCUGGACGGAAUCGGCGGUUGCGUGGCCUCCAGGUUUCUAUUCGACGGACACAUUGACCGCUGAGCCGCUGUCUCGACCCUUUUCUCCAACUCAGGGUGUUAGUUCGGAACACAGCAUUCGCGACGCGAGCUACUAGUACAGCUACUCUGAAUAGCUCAAAGUGACUCAAAUUGUUCGUGCAGCUGGGUAUGCUACACUGGCCAAAUUUCUUUCUACCCUCUGAAGUCCAAAGGUCCGCUCAGCCGAUGCAACAAUACAACUCAGACUUUACGCUGCUCUCCGUAGAUCUCAACUUUCAUCGACUUCUCUCCAGCGUCCGGUACAAAUGAAUGACACCUCGACA